ACAGCUGAUUUUGACGUCGAGCUUGUGGCGUGCUGGUAGCUUCUGCUUCAGCUUUGCAUCAAAUAAUUCGUCUUUCAUUAAAUUCAAGAUAAAUGUCACGACGAUAAAAGAGUGUUAAUCGCGAGCGAGAUGCGUUAGAAGCUUUGACGAGGGAGGCGCGAUUAAAAUGAAAGUGUUGCAAGUCCGUGCGAGAGACCAGUUCGCGAGUGAGUCAAUUAGUUUGAUCUGUGAGUAGGAAACGAAAAAAUUCAACUCCGUGUUUUCCUUGUGCGUCCGAGGGGCGGGCGAGAGAGCUCGGAGAGUGAAAAAUCAUUGUUUAGAUCGAGGAGAAUUUUCUAUUAUCUCGGCUGACCUCCCUCCAGCGUUAGUCAACGCUCGCAGCCGCUGUUUUGGAUUGAAUAUUGGCGUCAGUGACUCUAUCCAAAUCCUGGAGUACAAAGAACGAAGAGAGCGCGAGGGAGGGAGGGAGGGACAAAGAUCAGAGGCGAGGAACGAGAUGAUUCAAACGCUCCUGACGCUACACAGGGUUGAACGUAAGCCUGCUGGUGCUCGCUCGUUGUGAGCCUAUCCGAGUCGCUCUGUAACGAUUGAGCGCGAGUCAGGAGAAAGAGGCAAAAGAGCGCCAGUUGCCAAAGAGCAGGGAGCUCGCAUAUAAACGACCAAACAGAAGCGAACGAUACGCGAGAGCCUCGACACGCUCGAUUCUCUUUUUAAUUCGUUAUGUGUUGACCGAUUGUCAUCGCUGUAUCUCUGUAACUCGGUCUUUGUUUCUCAAGUAGAACGAGUUUUUCGCCGUCAGACCUCGUGAUAGUGUUUUUUCUUGUGCUUUAUAUAUUUGAGCUUUUCAAUAAUUCCAUACCGCAUACGAGCACGCACCGGACAACAAAAUAAUGUUCUUUUCACCACUCAUCGUGACGAGUCGAACCAACGGGUUAUGAAUUGUGUUACCACUGGAUUAAUUCUCCUCAUUAAUCGACACAAGUGUGGGCGUCAAGGGGCAGGGGUUUACCUAGAGAAUGAGUGACAUUAAGAAUCUCGCGUUCGUAAGCGGAGGCUCGAGGUACAACGGUGACGAGCAAGUGCAGUUCGUCGCUGACGGAAGUCACCAAGUCACCAUAAGAUCACCGCCGCCGGCUGUUCCUACAUUGGCCUUCGAGAACCUCAACAACGCCGUUUUGAGCGGUUCACAAAACAAUUUGCACUGCAGUUGCAAUGGCGGUGCAACGACGAACGGCAACGCAACCGGAGCCUGCAGCGGUGUUUUGGCUCGAAAAAUACAAAAUCAUACUGGCGCAAGCCCCGGUCAGGUGAACAAGAGGCCAGCUGUAGCGCUAACUCAUCUCCCGAAGAGGCCACCGGUUGAUAUUGAUUUCAAAAAUUUGGCCUACAGCGUUUCCGAGGGUAGAAAAAGAGGAUCGAUUAUUUCAGGAUACAAGACUAUACUUAAAUGCGUCACUGGAAGAUUCAAAUCGGGCGAAUUGACUGCUAUAAUGGGUCCAUCGGGGGCGGGGAAAAGUACGCUGAUGAAUGUACUCGCAGGAUACAAAACUUCAAAUUUGAACGGCUCCGUAUUAGUGAAUGGGAAAGAUCGUAAUCUUCGGAUAUUUCGGAAAAUGUCGUGUUACAUAAUGCAGGACGACCGUCUACUGCCGCAUCUGACGGUCAAAGAAGCAAUGACGGUAUCCGCAAACUUGAAACUCGGCAAAGACAUAAGUGCGGAUGCGAAAAAAGUCGUAGUCGAAGAAAUCAUCGAGAACCUUGGUCUGAGCGAUGCGAGCAACACGCAAACCCAAAGCCUCAGCGGGGGACAACGGAAAAGGCUGUCGAUCGCUCUCGAGCUCGUUAAUAAUCCACCGGUAAUGUUUUUCGACGAGCCUACUUCCGGGCUCGACAGCUCCUCGUGCUUCCAGUGUCUGAGCCUGCUCAAAUCACUCAGUCGAGGAGGAAGAACAAUAAUCUGCACGAUACAUCAGCCGAGUGCGAGACUGUUCGAGAUGUUUGACACGCUUUAUCUGUUGGCUGAGGGUCAAUGCAUUUAUCAGGGGAACGUUGGAGGGCUGGUGCCAUUUUUGUCCUCCAUGGGGCUGGAUUGCCCGAGUUAUCAUAAUCCUGCGGAUUACGUUAUGGAAGUAGCGAGUGGUGAGCACGGGGAAUGCGUCGAGAAGCUUGUUACAGCGGUAAACAACGGCAAGUGCAACAACUAUCAGCACUACCAAGCGAUAACAAUGGCCCAGGCGAUAGCGAAUGACAUAGCGAAGCGUUCGCCGGCGACGGGCAACGAGCAAACGAAACCGGAAACGACGGUGAUGGUGCCGAACGGGGUUGCCAAAGGGCCCGGAAAUACGGUCCUCAAUAUGCCAGUUUCUUGCACAACCUCGUUGCUCAACAGCUCCGAGAGCAUUGAGCAAAAGGUUGGCUUUCCGACCAACGGAUGGAUCCAGUUUUGGAUUCUUCUCAAGAGAACUUUCUUAUCGCAGAUUAGAGAUAUGACUUUGACCAGGGUAAGGCUGAUUUCUCACAUAAUCGUUGGUUUUCUAACUGGCGCUAUUUAUUACGAUAUCGGAAACAACGCCGCUGAGGUAUUCAGCAACGCUGGAUGCGUAUUUUUCACCGUAAUGUUUCUCAAUUUCACGGCGAUGAUGCCGACCAUUUUAACAUUUCCCAUGGACAUGGCGGUAUUUGUGAGAGAGCAUCUUAAUUAUUGGUACUCCUUGAAGGCCUUUUAUUUUGCUAGAACAUUGGCUGAUCUGCCAUUUCAAAUAUUGUACUCAACGGCUUACGUGAUGAUCGUGUACUUCAUGACGUCACAACCCCUGGAAACAGAGAGAUUCCUCAUGUAUCUCAACAUCUGUAUACUUAUGUCAUUGGUCGCACAAUCGAUCGGUUUAUUGAUCGGUGCAGCAAUGAACGUUGAGAGCGGUGUUUUUAUCGGUCCCGUGUCCUCAGUGCCGAUAGUAUUGUUCGGCGGUUUUUUCGUGAAUUUCGAUGCGAUGCCGAUAUACCUGAAGUUCCUGUCGUACGUCAGUUACAUCCGUUAUGCUUUUGAGGGAGCGAUGAUCACGGUUUACGGUUACAACCGGCCGAAGUUGCAAUGCCGUAAGGAUUACUGCCACUACAAGCCGCCGAUGAAAAUCCUCGAGCAGAUGUCGAUGGAGAACGCGGUUUAUUGGAUAGACGCGGUGGCUCUCGUUGGUUUCGUCAUCGUCGUGAGAAUAGUCGCCUACUUUGUUCUCAGGCUGAAACUAAGAUCGCUCCGUUAACGGGGCCGAUAGCCACCAUUCAGACAAUAAUUUCAAGUGAUUAAAGUCGAAAAGACGUUGGAAAAUGGAGCAUGAAAGAAAGCAGACGGAAACACACACACACGCGCGUGCACACGUGGAUGGACACAUAGACAGGGAGUAAGGAAGAGGCAAAGCAAUGUGGGAGAGACGAGAUUGUCCGGCGGAAGAAAUCCAAACGGCCUUGAGGAACCUUUCGCUGCUUCAAAUUUUUUUCAAAUCAAUUGCUGAAGUUGAGACGAACGUGAACAUCCCCAAUUCAAAGAACAAACAAAUCAUCGAAGACUGAAGGAGAAUAAAAGAGCAAAGUCAGAGGGGGGCGCGUCAAGGAUUUAUUUAAAGAGAGAGAGAGAGAGAGAGAGAGAGAGAAAGGGAGGGGGAGAGAGAGAGAGAUCAGUAACGAAGAAUAUAGAAGAAUUUGGUGACUUGUGUGGAUCUCAGAUCCAAUCGCGUCUGGCGAGAGACUAAGUAAAAAGAUUAUUAAAACGGCGAGAUAUAUUCGCAAAUUCAAUGAGAGGGCAGUGAUAGAAUAAAGAUAUAAAUGCAUCGCGCGAGAGAGGUGGAUUAAGAGUAGAGGCAAUUUUGAGAUUUAGGUGAUAAAAAUAAUAUAAAAUAAAAUAAAAUAAAAAAAAAAAAAAACGAAAAAGACGUCGGUUUACUAAUCGUUUAGGGUAUCUCCAGUCAGAUUUUAACUUAAUCACAUCUCGUCGAGUGCGGUUUCGUCGCGAAAGGUUUAUUUAGAAUGCGUACAUCGAUUAAAGACGUUUCCAUAAAUCAGUAAUAAUAAUAACAAUAAUAAUAACAACAAUAAUAAUAAUAAUAAUAAUAAUAGGAUAUCGGAAAAACAAAAAGAAACAACGCGUGACAACAAAAGUUAGUAGUUGAUCGACGGAAAAGAAGAAAAUAAUUUUUAAAAAACUCGCCAGGUGUGAUAGGCACCUCCGAAAAUGAUUUCCCUCCACGACGAUCACGAGUGAUCGAGUUGUUCGCAAUCGCGGGGGCUGAUUCCUUAGUAACCACAAAUGUUGUCACCGUGUGACGGGAGGAGAGCACGAGCAAGAGAAACGAGUAGAGAAAAUUACAGGCGAAAGCUACUCCAGCGAGCGUUUGAAUUUCUUAGAACGAAAAUAUGAAGAUGGGAGAGAAUCCGGCUGGGGACAGCAGCAAAGUAAAGGAAGAAAGGAUUAUUUUCCUCAGAGUUAUCGAAAGAAAUUCAAAUGGAAUUUGGAAAUUCAUUUGACAUUUAACAUUAGCCAUUAUCCGAAGAGGAAUGCUGCGACAUUGCUGCCCCUCGUCGGCCCUGUUCGCAAUCGAAUUUCAAAACUCAUAUCGUAAUUCCAUUUUAUUAAAGGAAAAAGGAAAUAAAAACUCCCACCCCCGACAGAUGAUGAAAACAAGAAAAAAAAUCAACGUGUUAUUAACCCCGAUGAUAGUGUACGAUUAAAAAGAUUAUAAAGACAAAACGAAGCUGAUAAGGACAGAGCGAAUAAUGGUAAUCAAGAUCGUCGUAAAGUUUAAAGGUUUAUCGUAUAAAGAGCUCACACUUGACCAAUCACUGGCUGCCUGGGUGUUUGCUUUUCGCAUAUUAAGCGGUGGAGUGAUAUAUUAUUAUAUACACACGUUAAAAAAUAAAUGUCUUAAGCAGUUCAACGAAUAAAACAAAUAACAACAACAACAACAACAACAACAACAACAACAAAGACAUUUAUUAACAAAUCUUUUGCAACGCAACAUUGUACUUUGAUGAGAGAAAAAAAGAGAGAGAGCGAGAGAGAGAGAGAGAGAGAGAGAGAGAGAAAGGAUGUGACAAAACAAACAAACCAAAAGAAAAUUAUUAGGUCAAAUAAUUGCAACUGUUGUAAUUGUUGCGAGGAAUGCUUGUGUGCGAAUGAGAAUCUGCAUACAAUUAGAUAUACAUAUAUAUGAAGUGUAUAUAUAAUUCUAUAUAUUUAUAUAUAUGUAUAUCAAACAAGACUGAUACAUUCAUGAGAAUGACACUCCAGUGAAUGAACACCGAUGGACAGGAUCCAAGAUCGAUUUUUUGGAAACGCGAUUUGAGCAGUAUUUCGUACCUUAUUUUCGAAUGUUUGCAGUAACGUGCUUGGAAAGUCUGAAAUUUUUGUAUUUUUUUAUCAUCCAAAUAAUGGAAUUGUUUUGAAAAAUAUCGUUGAAAAUACAAAUGAUUAAAGUUUAACGAAGUUUCGAUUGCGCGAAUAAAUCGAAUUUGAGGUUAUGUUCGGUAUUAGAGAUCGUCGAAAAGCUGUGCUGUCGAAUUCGAGUAUCGCAUCAGCGAACGACCAUAAUACGACCUGGUGAAAUUGAAAAUGAAUAAAAAGAUGCAGAGUGCGAUCGAGAUAAUUGAAGACCGCGUCAAGUUUGACAUUCCAUAACAAUGAAAUAUUCUAGAGAAUAUAUGCAUUACAAAAGACUGACAGUUAACCUCUAAUACACACUCGAUGCGUCUCAAGUUAAUCCCAAGUUUGAAUAUUCGUUUUCACAAAAGAAUCCAAAAGUCCAUCGUCGAGUUAGGCUUACGUAGGAUCUCGAUUGAGGCCAAAUAAUCCGUGCUGAGAGUGAAUGGAUUUUGUCAAUUAGCCAUUUUAUUCUUCGUGAUAUAAGAACUAUGUCGUUCUCUGAUGCGUCUCAAGAUUCACUGGAUGCGCAUUCGAUCAUUCGCACGAUAAAAGCUACUCUUGUUUCUACAUUUUUCCCCCAAUUUAUCUCACACACUGUAAAAACACUGUAGAUUUGAAUUCGAAGAAAAUAUAUGUGUCCCUCGCGUCAGAGGAUUGCUGCCAAUCGAGUCUAAGGCCUGAACUUGUAGUCAUAAAUACGAAUUUAACCGUUCGAAACAAACAUUUCGAUGUGUCAAGUUCAGAUUAAAGCAUAAAAAUCAACUUCAUGAACACUUAUGGAAAUAAGAGAAGGUGCGAAAAAUAUGAAAAAUAAAAGUGAGCCGAUCUUACGAUCGAGAUGAAUGUGUCAGUUUUGCAUCAACUCACGUAUACACUAACACGUAUACACGCAUAGUUGUCGUAUCGAGGCCUACGAAGAUCCGCGGUUAACGUCGUUGACCUCGUUUGAAGGAUCCAAAACAAACAAAAAUAAUUUAGCGAGCGGAUGAACAUCACUCGAAUUGCGACUCAUUCGACGAGCAUAGCUCAACUUUUCAAACGAGAGAAUCUACACUUUUCACUCAACACACUUGCCAUUUCAUUGUUCAAGCUGUUCCGCUCGAUUCGACGGUGGAUUUCUAGAAUCCAUCGUGAAUUUCGAAAAUCACAAUUCGCUCGUUAUUAUUUCAUAGGUUAUGGUGACUCGUAUUUCUAUCCAUCGACAAGUGUAUUUUCGGUGGUAAUGUUCCAAGCAAUUUCAUAUCGCCCCACAAUAUUCAAUAGAUUUUCAAUUCCGUUUUCAUUCGAGAAAAAUCAUUUCCAAAAAAUAUUAUUUUUCCCAAUUUUUCGCUACAAUAGGAUUAUUACGACUUAUGUCAACGAGAAUUUGUAGCUCCUUUCCUUUCGUUUAUAUAGCGCGAUGCGAUAGAAACGAUUGAACUUGCAAAAUGGUUGAAAAGGCUACCGAAUCCUUGAGAAGUGCACUCGGCAAAUUUUAAGUGAUAUUAUCAUUAUUAUUAUUAUCGUUAUGAUUAUGAUUAUUAUUAUUAUCAUACUAUUCGAAUUGUCAAGUGAAAUAUUUUGAAUAUUCCGUAAAAACGUAACGAAUCUUGUAGUCUUAUGUAUUUUUGUAGAUGGACAGUAUUUUUUUAUGUACAUUAGUUAUUCAGUUGGUUAAGGAGCUGAAUUUACGGUUUCACACUUAAAUGAAAAUUGUGUAACAGGCGUAGGGAUAAAUAUUCGACGAUUUUCAAUGUAUUGCUGUUGAGUUGGCAUUGCUCUCGAUUGCGAAACCGUAACGAAUUAUUGGACAACGUAUUUCCGUUUGUACGAGUGUAAAAUAUAAUUGUAAUAUUUUCGAAUACAUUAAUUUUGAAUCGAAAUAUGUUUCGGUAAAAUCGUAUACAAGAAAUAAAUAUUUCUCGGUCCGUAGAAAAAGAAGAAGAAAAAACAAAUGAUUCGUGGCCGAUAAAAUAAAUAUAUAAAUAUAUAUAUUUUUGAAGAAUUUUUAUUUUCGACGUGUAUGAAAGUAAUUCGUUGUGUUUAUAGCUAAUGUAUCCAAGGACGUUCGACUGAUUUGAAAAAUCCUUUCUGCAACCUUUAUACGAGUACGAGCACGAUCAUUGUUUGUCAACCGGUUGAAUGAAUUCGCCACAGUUGCUUAUUUUUUCACGGUUUAUCCGUUACGAAAAAUUUGGAGGUUAACCAUUUUCGAGCAGUGUCGCGCAAUCGAUUUGAGGUAGAAAAAUCUUGCUCGAAUCGCUCGUCAACCGUGCGUCCAUUGUUAACUGGUGUUUCAAGUGAAAAAUGGGGAUUUUUAAGGUUGUCGAAAUAAAUGCGACUGAGCAUCGAAUUCCGAA